GAGGAAAACAACACUUUUUAAUCAUAAACCUCCAUCACUUCACUUCAAUCUCUUAGAAGAGUGACUCUAGUCGCUUGCUUGGCUAGAACUCAAUCUAUGCAGAUGCGAUUGGGUUCUGAUUGAGCGUUUUUCUUUCCUUUUAAUUAGGAAGAGGUGGAGAAAGUUAAAAGCGAUUAUCUGCAACAUUGAUAUCAGAAGAAGGCGGGUAUAGGUAGUCGAGAUGGAGGCAGGCUUGGGAUCAUAUGCAUGUCCAUGCAUCAAUGUACGCAUCGAACUUGAAAAGGCAGAGUCAUUGUCAUUGAAUAACCAAGAGUCGGCAAAAGUUGAAGCACAUGCAUCGGCAAAUGUUGCGCUUGACGAUCAGAGUCGAUUACAGGAGGAAGUGGUAGUCCCACGUAAUAAGGCAACAAUUCAAAUCAAUGUAGCUCAACCCUUGCUAACAUCACGUUCAAUCAUUCAAUCUCCCACAUUCGCCAAAGGACAAUCAGUCACUGCAUUGAUCUGUUUGAUUUGUGAUACGACUGUAUAUGCGGUCAAUAAGGUACAACAAUCAGGUAGCUCGCGCUCGGUUGGAUUUCCGACAGAAUCAAGUAAGGGAAGAACGCAAACUGAAUCUCCAGUACGACCUGGCGCAACUUCAACAGUGGAGCAAGAUGCUAUUCUUCGACCAGCAAAUGGGGUUGGUUUGAUGUGGAUCAUGUCUGGCUGCAAAUUCGGUUCGGAAGCGAUCAAGGCAAUCGUUUCUUCUGCAAGCUUUUCGAAAUCUUAUGGUGUCGCAGUUGCUGAUACGACGAAUUCAACAACAUCUAAGGAGGCCACUACAUCGACAUUACCUCAAAGUACAAGCACACGGAUGCGCUCCGAUUCUGAUUCCCGUCGAUCUGCAUCUCCCUUUCGCAAGCUUUCACGUUCCGCUGCUUCUCCUUCUCCAGCACGUCGUCGAAGAGCACAGCCUUUGGCUGAACAAGAAGAAGAACAAGGGGAUGAUUUAGACACCCUGCAUCUUUUAGAGAACCUAUUGCCUCAUUUACCUUCUAGUGUCGUGAAGGAGAAAGCACACAUCAAUGGAAAUUCAACUUCAGUGAGACAAAUGCUUAGCAAUACAGUUCAAAGCUCGCCCGACAAAUUCGUUACAUCGCAAAAGCAAUUAGAAGCAAAGCUUGAUCAAAUCGCUCUCGGUAAAUUGAAAGAAGUACGGGAUAAAGCGCAAAGGGAAGUACUUGCAAUCUUGAAAGAGAAGAGUAGUCAAAUCAAUGAAUUGGAACGACAGCUGCGAAAUGAAGCUCGCCAAUUGCGUCAAAAGUAUGUCACGCACUCAACGUCUCGAUCCGAUCAAAGUCAAAAGCAACAAAAAUCCUACCAAUCGAAUGAAGAGGGAGAAGAUCUUGAUUUGGACGCAUCAGAUGAGGAUGACAAGGAAAGCAGCUCCCCACUUUUUAUAAGACGAAGACCUCUGGUUCCAAUCGGACUGGAAAAGACUGCAUCACAAGAUAGUGAUCCAAACAGAAGGGGUCAGCUUGCGACUGGUCUUGGCACUUCCCUCGUAUCUCCACAGUCUGGAAAUUACGGUGUCUCAAUCAGCGGUAGCCAACAAGGACAAACACCGUAUGUCGGAAGUGCUCUUUCUGCUUCUUUUGCAAUGCGUGGUCGUGAUUUGCCUGGCGUAGCAGAACAACAAAAGCAACGCAGUAAGGAGGAAGAAGAAGAUUGGUUCGCGCACAAAAAGCGUUUGAGAGAACGUUAUCCGAACGCAGAUCAUUCUGCUUUACCUAGUGCAGUCAAUUCAGAUGACGAGGGUGCCGUUCAAGUUAAGCAACGUACACAAAGCGCUAAUCAGAGCAGUGAAGAGGAGGAAGAAGAACGUCGAGGUCGUGGCAGAGGUCGCGCUGGUGAGAGAGGACACAAUAAGACGCCCACGCCGCCUAGUAAGAGUUCAUCGAGAAGCGGUGUCACUAAUGAAAGUAGCAAGGGAGCAAACGAUGUAGCAAAAUCUGAUUCAGUGGGAGUCGAUCAAAGUGGCUCAACAAAGAGAGGGGCUCUUAAAGGCGCUAGUAGUGGUAAUCUGACGACCAAUGGUGCGAGUGCUGAAAAGGCAAAUGCUUCUGCAGAGAAAAAGGUUGCUUUCGCAAGUACAACGGAGGAGGUAGAAGUUGCUUCAAAUCGACGUGAUUCAACUCCAGAAAGCAAAGAACCGGUCGAGCAAGUAGAUCCUGUAUUCGAGAUCGAUGAAGAUAUGGAUCCCGAUGAUACCACUCCAAAUGCAUCUGACAUCACCCUGGACCCGAGCACCACAGCUGUCAAAGAGAGUGCAAAGGAGAUCAUCGAAAGAGAAUUAAACGACGAGCAAGAUGGAUCACAAGGUAAUGACGGCUCGCAAUACAUCGGAAGCGUGAUUCAAUCACUUCCUGUGGUCGGUUCUUUUGCUGCUAUGGCAGAAUCUGAGUCAAGGGCUGGACGUGAGCUCAGCAAAAUGCAAAACAAGUCCAUCCCACAAAAAGAGGAGGAUGACGUGUUUGAUCCAGCUUCUCUUCGCUUUGAUGGCCGAACGGUCUAUAAUGCUGAUCUAUCAAGUAGUAUCCCAAGAGCGUCAACUCACUCGGAUCGUAUUCAGGUCGACAAACAAGAUUCUCCAGCAAAGUCAUUCCGAAUGAUCGCUGCCCGACAAGCUCUGCCUUCAGGGUUCCCUACAGAUGAUUUACAAAGAAGCUCGAUCGGAUUCCGUGUGAUGGUGGGCGAGGCUGAGGCUAGACUUAGUGGGCUUCUAGCACCUAAUGCACCUUCACAUAGAGAUUUGUGGUCGACCAACAAGCGAGCAAAGUCUUCAUCGAUGAAGUAUAUUUUGGAGGGAUUACCGGAAGAGGAAGACGAGGGGGAUGAAAAUGAGAUGAUUCCGGCAAAGAAAGAGAUGAUGGAAAACACCAAAUCGAUCAGCGUGACAUCCUCUGUUCAAGCGAAAGAGACUGCUGAUGAUUUCAUGUUAGCACGAUCUGUACCGAUCAAUAUGCGAAACAGCUUCGCAGGUCGUUCUUUCUCAUCCAUCCAUCGCGAUGCAACUUCUGGCUUUGAUCUAGAACCAAAGACUUCGUUGCCAUAUCAAGAGAAGAAGAUGACGCCAUCUUUGCUCAAAGCAACUCGUCAAUAUAGUACAACGGGCACAAAACUCCAACGUCGUCCUUCGCUAGGAACAAUUUCUGAUACAUCUGAGAAGCCUGCUUCGAUCGAGGCUGGAUGUGGCGUACAAGAAGUGGUACCCGGAAAGCCAAGAGAUGGUCAAAAGACAUCGGAGAGUCGGGCUCCUGUGCCUAUCAGAAGCAAGGCAGCAUCUGCAAAUCCAGCAUCAUCACGACGCGGUAGCAUUGAUUUGAAAUACCCGAUACCCUCAAGUGUUACGCGAGGCUUUGACAUUGGUGGAUCAUCAUCACCAUUACCGUCUGUUGCAAAGAUUGCAGCAACUGCGAUCGAUAGUGCACACUCAAGUCCAAUGUUAGGUAGUAGCGCAGGAACAGGCCGCAGUAGUCGUGUUCGAUCACCAAGACCGCCUUAUGUUGCUCCACCUUCUCCAGAAUCGGCAACAAUGCGACUAUCACCUGAUCCCGCCCAUCGACCCAAUGCAUUGACCUUAGCAUCUGCAACAGAGGCAGACAAGUGUGAUGACGAUGAAUUAGAAGGUGAUAUGGAGAGCGUUUUGGAAUUCAUGCAUACUGUUGAAAAUCUCAAAACAAAAAAGCGGACUGGCUGGUAUCAUCAUAGGAUUGAACAACCAGAAUCUAUCGCCGAUCAUAUGUACAGAAUGGCAGUUUUGAGCAUGCUUUUACCGGAUCACAAUUUGGAUAUCGGCAAAUGCGUUCAAUUGUGCUUAGUGCACGAUCUCGCCGAAGCAUUGACUGGUGAUAUCACACCAUUGGAUAAAGUCACAAAAGAGGAAAAGUUGAGAAGAGAAAGGGAAGCGAUUAAGGAGAUCGUCGAGGGUCAAUUGGCUGGAUGUAAAGCCGGCAAACGAAUCGAAGAUUUAUGGAACGAAUACGAAGACCGGAAGACGAUUGAAAGUAAGACGGUCAAAGAUCUUGAUCGAUUCGAAUUGGCUUUGCAAAGCUAUGAAUACGAGAAAAGAUACAAGACUACCGAUCUGCAACCUUUUUACAAUCAAUCUGUUCAAAUAAUGCAUCCACGUAUUCAACGAUGGAUUCGUGCUUUGGCUAAAGAACGAGAAGAAAUCUGGGAAGAUUCUCCUUACAAGUAUACACAAACUUUCCCAAAAGAUGAAGUAGCGCUGACUCCUUGGGAAACGACGCAAAGCUGAUGUCUGACACAGAUAGGACGUUCCAAAAUGCUGAUUGAACAAUGCAUUUGCUACUGCGCCGAUCAUCAGAACCCAUUUCAGUGCAGGUAAAUACACACAAACAACUCCUUGUAAUGCUAUAGUACAUUCUUCAAACCAAAAACAAUGCAAAUAAUAGUACAUAAUCUAUUAACCCA